AGCGCAGCGGAGCAAGCGCGGAAGCCUCGGCGAGCUGUGUGUAGCCAUGGAACCAGAUGGGACCUACGAGCCGGGCUUCGUGGGGAUUAGGUUCUGCCAGGAAUGUAACAAUAUGCUAUAUCCCAAGGAGGACAAAGAGAACCGUAUUCUGCUCUACGCGUGCCGGAAUUGUGAUUACCAGCAAGAAGCUGACAAUAGCUGCAUUUAUGUCAACAAAAUCACUCAUGAAGUGGACGAACUGACCGAGAUCAUCGCUGACGUGUCCCAGGACCCCACGUUGCCACGGACCGAGGAUCACCGGUGCCAGAAGUGUGGCCACAAGGAAGCGGUGUUCUUCCAGUCACACAGUGCCCAGGCCGAGGACGCCAUGCGCUUGUACUAUGUGUGCACUGCCCCACGCUGCGGCCACCGCUGGACUGAGUGAUACCC